ACCAGAUUUCUGUGCUGUUUGAAGCGACUGAUUUCCAGCACUUCUUUCGCCUGAUUCUGAGCACUGCGAUUAUUAUUGCGCUCACAGAUCAUUGAAACCGCCAAGCCACGACCUGAUCUGCCGUUGUCACUGCCUGACCGCCCGCCGCCUGCUUUUGCUUAUAUUUCCUCUUCCUCCUUCCGCGCUUUCUCUCCUUUCCUCUUCUCUCUGUUUUCGCACUCCUCCACCACAACCCGUCUCUCUGCCCACCGUCAAGCUUUUAUCAACAACUUCAUUAUCCACACUCAUCUUAUCAACUCUACCACUCAGCAAACAUGACUGGACGCGGAAAGGGCGGCAAGGGCCUCGGCAAGGGAGGUGCUAAGCGUCAUCGCAAGAUUCUUCGCGACAACAUCCAGGGUAUCACCAAGCCAGCUAUCCGACGUCUCGCUCGUCGUGGUGGUGUCAAGCGUAUCUCUGCCAUGAUCUACGAAGAGACUCGUGGUGUCCUCAAAUCCUUCUUGGAGUCCGUCAUUCGUGAUGCAGUCACCUACACUGAGCACGCAAAGAGAAAGACCGUCACCUCUCUGGAUGUCGUCUAUGCUCUCAAGCGACAGGGCCGCACCCUCUACGGUUUCGGUGGUUAAACUCGCCUCAAGAGAACCAGUCAAUUACGGGUACACCGCCUUCUAGAGUCUUCUUGAUGGUUAUGGGUUACGGAGCUUACGGAAUGAUGAUAUGGCGCUUGGGUCUUGUAUUCACAUUACUUGAGAUGGGGAUUCGAAUGGGUCUUGAUCAUAAUGGUGUCUGGUAGACAGAGCUGGAGCCAGCAACGUUGCGCAGAAGCCGCACGACCCAUGUGUACCACAAUCAAGCAGUUAGAUUGCACCUG